AUGUUUAGUCAAUAUGGCAAACACCUCGCAAGUGCGCAAAGAAGAUAUCUCGUUUCAGAAAAUAGUGUGAAAGCCAUCGGAAAGUUACGAGAUAUAAAAGAAUAUGUUCCUGCCGCUACUUUAAUCGUUAGUAUUAUUGGUUUGACAGGAGGUUCUGUGUUUGCCAUGAAUCAUUUGGUUAAGGAGACUAUUGAUAGCGCAAUUAGUAGCGCGAUUGGACCACUUGAGAAAAAAUUAGAUCAAGUUGAUCAUAAAGUUGAUAAAUUGGAAAGUCAAAUGUCCUACGUAUUAAGUCAAAUGUCCUACGUAUUCGGAUAUUUACAAAUCCCAAUGAAAGAAGAACCAAAAAAGGAAUGA